GGAAAGGGGAGGGGCGAGAGCGCGAGCCCUCCGUGACAGCUGCGGGUUCCGGGCUGAGCCAGAGAGGAGCGGAAAUUGAAGAGCUCCCACUCCUCAGCUGCCAUUCAACAUAAUGUCUGUUGUCAUUAACAUUGAGUAAAAGGUUUAUCUUAUUUCAGCAUAUCGUUAAUAAAAUAUUUAUUUCACUUACUAUGAAAGUUUGAGUCGAAAAAAAACCCACUCUUUUAGCCCGUGGAUGACUCGAGCCUUUUUGGAGGUAGAGUCGUCAUCGUUGCAGCGUAGACAGUCUUUGUGUGAAACACGAAAGAGAAAGGAAACGGCGACUUCUCCAUUCCAAAAUCCUCGCUCAUAUCUUUAGUAACGAGUGUCUGCUCAGCCGGAAGCUUUGACACCUUUAUUUUUCCGAUUUAGACGCAUAGCUUCGAUUAUUCCCCAUCCCGUAGCAGCUGCUGCCGCCGACCGUGUGUGUGGGGGGGUUUUCCUCACGUGAAAUUGUACAGGCGCCAGAUUUAUCGAGCACGACUGCACUAAGUUGGUUAGCUGCUAGCCAUCUUGCGCCCCUCUGCUACCGAGCCCGCAGUGCUGGUCGGCGAGACCUCACUUUUUUGGGGCGGAUAAAUCUUUUUUGGGACUUGUCGACCGGGUUGUUAACACUCUUCUAAAGGUCCGAGAAGUGUUCCUGGGGAGCCUCGGUGCGUUGUGACGGUCAUUUCCAGCUAGCGUGCUCGACACAGUACCUGCGUCGUAUUUAGCCCCGGACGCCGAGUGUAGGCCUCAAUCCAAACCCCGACGUCGCCUGCCUGCUUCCGCCGCUGCCGUGACUCUUUUUUUCUCCUUUUUUUGUGGAUUGCCGGACAGCGAGAGUUGACAGCCUCCUCGGUGCCACACACACUUCUCCCUGAGGAGCCAAGAAGCAGACGGCUCAUGACUUCUGACCAGGACACGAAGGUUGUCGCUGAACCACAGGUGCAGCAAGUACAAGAGGCCAAGGACAACGCUCAUUUGGAAUCCGCAAAGGUUUCAGACCUCAACCCCAAUGCGAAAGCAUGGGCCAACCACAUGUUUAGCCUGGACCCUAGUGGUGGUGCUGACAACUGCACUGCACCCCUGCAGCCAUGGAAGGACGGCUGCGAGACCUCAGCCCAGCAUGGCCUACAAGGCUACGAAGCCAGUGAAGAGGACAAGCCUUUCAAGGAGCCCCUACUAACCGACCCGGAUGAGCCUCCGCCAGUCCCAGUAAUGUUGGCCCAGUCUCCCGCCUCGGCCGCUCCAGUCACCCUGGAGCACUCGGAGCUAGCCUACCCAGAAUUUCCAGAGCUGGGGCCGCCUGCAACGACAGUCAGUGAUCCCCAGCCUGAGAAUCUCCAGGAAGGUUUGAGGGAGCACCUGAAGAAAACCCUUGAAUUCUGUCUUUCCCGGGAGAACCUGGCCAGUGACAUUUACCUCAUCUCCCAAAUGGACAGCGACCAGUACGUGCCAAUCGUUACGGUGGCCAACUUGGAUCACAUCAAAAAGCUCAGCACAGACAUGGAGCUCAUCGUGGACAUUUUACGCUCUCUGCCUUUGGUCCAGGUAGAUGAGAAAGGGGAGAAGGUGCGACCCAAUCAGAACCGCUGCAUCGUGAUCCUCAGAGAGGUCCCCGAGAGCACACCCAUUGACGAGGUGGAGGCUCUCUUUAGAGGAGACAGCCUACCUAAGUUUAUCAACUGUGAAUUUGCCUACAACGACAACUGGUUCAUCACCUUUGAGUCAGAAGCAGAUGCACAACAGGCAUAUCAGUACCUCCGUGAAGAGGUGAAAACCUUUCAAGGGAAGCCUAUCAAGGCAAGAAUAAAAGCGAAGGCAAUCGCUCUGAACACUUUCAUGCCAAAGAACGGUUACCGGCCAGUGGAGGUGAAUCCGUACGCUCAGCAGCGCUAUACCACGUCCUACUACAUCCCGCCUGUGUACAGCCCACAGCAGCAGUUCCCCCUGUACAGCCUCAUUACGCCCCAGGCCUGGUCGGCCACACACAGCUUCAUAGACCCCACGCUGGUUGCUCCAUUUCACAACAACCAGUUCCUCAAUGGAUUUACAUCGGCCAGUUUUAAACCAGCGACUACUCCCCUCACUGUCAGACACCACUCACCCAGGACCAGGAGUCACAGCAAGCCGCACCUGAGGGCGACCCUCCCGGCCGCGGACCGCACGGGGCUCCUGGACAGCCCCGGUCUCUUCCCCAGCUUCCCCAGUGACAGACUGAAUGGCGUCCGCUGCAGCCCACCCACGCGCUUCCCUGUCAGCCAGCCCAGAAGCAGGUUACCCUCUGCCACCGCCGCCUUUCCCCGCCGGGAGACGGUGGGCACGGGCCGAGUGUCCGACUUCACUGCCACAGACUACUCUUCCCUGGGAAUGGGCAGAGGAAGGAAAAAGAGGGAUGAAAAGUUUACACGAGUGACACCUCAAUCGCCUCCGCCGCCACCUCCACCCAAACCUCCGUCUCCGAGCUUCGAGUUGGGCCUGUCCAGCUUCCCUCCUUUGCCCGGUGCUGCCGGACAUCUCAAGACAGAGGACACGUUUGACACCCGGCUGGCCAGCAGUGUCGUCAUCGCCCCGUCGCCCAUGAAGGACAGAAAUGUGAGCGUCGACUCCAGUCCUGGAGGAGCCCCCUCCUCGAUUGGCCCCAAAGAGCAUCUUCGGACUCCCACUUCCUCCUCUUCCUCCUCCUCCUCGUCGUCCUCUCAAAUGCCCAUGAGCCUCAUAUCUUCGCCCACUACGCCCACCCCCGCUGCGGCCUCCACCUGGAGCCCCACCGUGUGCCCACCACUGCCUCCCUCCAUUCCAGCAGCGGAAGCGCGGGUUGUCGAGGUGAAGCCCAAGGAGGUGCAGCUGUCUGUGGAGCGAGUUCCCGGUACUCUGUCUACCGCCAGCAAGUCAGUGCAAGUCAACGGCGCUGCAACGGAGCAGAGGAAGCCUUCCUACGCCGAGAUCUGCCAGCGGGCAAAGGAGACACCCGCACCGACACAGCCACCCGCCCCCAAGGAAGCCAAGCCUGCAGGUGCUGCCCCCGCAGGUGAGGAGAGGAAGUGCCUCGACAUCUCAGGCCCGGGCGGCGAGGCGACCAAGAACAGAGAGACAUGCCUCCCGUCCACCAAACUGGCCCCUGGAAGACCCCCGCGGGACCCCCGGAGGCUAGCUGGGCGCUGGGCCUCGCCGCCGCCACACCAGGGGAAGAAGGAUUCCCACCACACCCCGCCUAAGUCCCCCCUGUAGGGCCACUCCUUCAGCCCUUCCUUUUCACGCUACUCCAUUGAUGCGUACACAAAACAAAAUGGAUAAAAAAACACGUCAGGGCUACUCAAUUCUUAUUCUCUCCACAUGUUCAACACGAGCAAAGAGGACGCCUUCUUUUCUGGAUCAGGGCUUGCAGACAAAAAGCACUUUACUGUGCAUGUAAAGCACUGUCUCAUUUGUCUUAGUCUAUUUAUUUGAUUUCCCCCCAGCCCUCUUCUUUUUUUAAUGAUCACUUUUAGUAGUCUUUUUUUUGUUUGUUUUGGCACAGUAGAGUUGCAAAGGCAUGGACAUUUUCUGCUAAAUUUCCAUGGCAAUUUUGGAAAUAUUCCCAAUUGGAAACUUUCUAUGGGAAUUUACUGGGAAUUGGGGUCAUUUAAUGGAAAUGUAUCUUAUAAAAGCAUAAACACAAUUUUUUAGUUUUGCGGUAAUCAGACAUAAAUAAAUUAGAUUUGCUCACCCCCCACUCACUCACACACGCACACUUUACUCAAGUGCGUAUCUGAAGCUUGCUUAUGACUCGAAUUUUGGCUCGCAACAAAACCAAAUGACUAAGGUAAGUGAAAACUGGCAAAUUGAGGCACUGACUGGUAAGUCUAAGUAUUUCCCCCAACUAUAGUUAAGUUCCCUAUUAAAGGCCAACCUCGAAUGUUGUCAAUUCCCAGGUUCAUUCCCAUUUAUUUUCUUUCAUUCCCAUGGAAAGAUUGCAACUUUACAAAUUCCUGGAAUUUUGCAACUCUGCACAAGCGAACACUGUCUGAGCAGUAGAAAAGCAGUGGUGGUGUUUUUUGGGCAUCUCCUUUUUAUAUGCCUUCACACCUCCACAUGCAAGGUGGAACAGAGUGAUACGCUCACCGCUCAUUUUCACUCUUUGUCAGACGCUUCGUUCUGCGGAAUUAGCUCGGAGCAGCGCGCUCCAGCAUCUCCAGCGGUUUGCGCGGUUAGCUCGACGUGGGCUCAACUGGAACACAAAACAGGACAGUGUCAUGGAAAGCGUCGGCCGGUUUCGUCAGUGUGAACUCAAAAUGAUUAGUUUCGGGAGGCUAGGAAGUGAGUGCUAGCCGCCAUUUGGGGGGGUUUGACUGCUGCUCUUUGAUUGACACGCCAGGAUGGAACAUGGCAAGCGUUUGGAUAACAGUAGACGAAGAAGUGAGAUCAUACUCAGCUGAUGACAUUACUUUUUUUUUUUUUUUUUUUUUGCCGCACGCACAAUUUACCAAAUCUCACCUCCGUCCUUUGUAUCUCAUGAACGCAGCCUCGUUUUCCCCUGUGACAUAUGAAACCUUUGUGUGAUACGUACGACGUUUGUGUGCUUUUUGUACUCCGCAAUUUACAAAUCUCGCUUGUGCAAAUAAUGUUGCACCUGUUCCUUAUGUAACUCGCAUUACAGAUGCUUAAGGCGCAUGUGCGACUUACUAAAUUGCAUUCGCGAUACACAAAAGGCAGCUACGACUAAGUUGUUCUUGGCUUUAUGAAAAGCGCGGCUGUAAAUUAGUAUGUCUCGCAUGCAUAUGAAAAGUGCGAGUGUGACUUACUAAGCUGCACUUGCAAGAUACUAAAGGCGCGUUUGUGACUUAGUUGUAUAUGCGAGAUACAAGACGCAGGUGCGACUGGUAAGUUGUUCUUGGCUUUACGAAAUAAAAAAUUUGCAAAUUACGUUUGUCGGCGCGAGUGUGACUUGGUAAGCCGUGCUUGCGAAAUACGAAAGGCACGUUUGCAACUUAGUAAUUUGCAUUAGCGAGAUAUGGAAGAUGCAGGUAAGACUAAGUUGCACUUGCGAUAUACAGAAGGCACCUUUGCAACCUAACGAGUUGCUCUCAUGAGAUAUAGAAGACGAGUGUAAUUUAGUAAGUUUUUUUCGGUUACGAAAGGCGUGGUUGCGACUUACAAAGUUGGUCUCGUGCUACACGAAAGGUGCAGGUACAGUUUAUAAAGUUGCGCUUGCGAGAUAUGAAAAGCACGUUUCCGCAUUCGCGAGAUGCGGCAGAAGGUGUGACUUACUAAAUUUUAUUGCCAUUAUGAAAGCCGCCAGUGUGACUUACCAAGGUGUACUUGGAGGAUACGGAAAAAACUAUUUCUAAGUCGGUCUCGCAUGAUACCAAAGUUGCAUUAGAGCUACGAAAGGCUCGUGUUACGCGACUUACUAAAUUUUGCUCACGCUUUACAAAAUACGCUGGUGUGACUUAAAAAGACACUAGCAAGACACAGAAGACAUCGGUGUGACUUAGUAACAAGUUGUGCUCACAUUUUGCAAAAGAUGUGGGCGAUCGCACAUUACAAAAGGUGCAGAAGGAAAAAGGGAAGACGUGUGCGACAUACUAAGUUGCGCCCGUGCUUUACAAAAGCUGCGGGUGUCACUAAGUCGCACUCCCGAUUUACGGAACGUGGGUGUCUUACCAAGUUGUGCGUACGCUUUACGAAAGACGUGGGUGCGAUUUAAGUAGUGCUUUAUGAAAAAUGUGGGCAGGACUUAACGAGUGUCGCUUGCGCUCUCCAAAGUUUGCGGAAGGAGUUAACCGAAAACGUGGAUGCGAGCUAUGAAAGACAUGGGUGCGACUUUCUAAAGUUGUGCUCGCAGUUUACGAAAGGCGUGGAAGUAGAUAACGGAAGACGUGGGCUCGACCUACCAAGUUGCACUUGCAAGAUACGAGAAGCGUGUGCGACUUAAAAAACAAAACAAAAACACAAAGCAUUCAUGUCGGGUUCCUGAGUAUGAUGUAACAUUUUUACGUGUUUUGAGAGUCACAUCAGCCAAUCUUUUCCCCCUCGAUGAUGACCAUAUUUGGUCAUUCCUGUGGUGGUUGGGUGGCUGCUGUGCUUUUGGGUUGAAAGUCGAUGGGGCUAGAUGACUUUUUUUGGUGGAAGUAGCAGAGACGUGGAGCUGAGCCAGAGUUCCCACCCAAUGCUUCUCGUGAGGGGAAACUGAGCGCCCUGUAGCAGCCAUUUUGGCCUUGCUCACGCGCUGCAUGUUUGCUUCAAAUGUACAUAAUAAGCAAGCGUGUCCAAGUCCAAACACCACAAACGCGUCUUCCUGCCGCCUGAAGCAUUGUGGGUAAUUCCCAGCAAGAGAGGGAAAUGUGAUUUUUUUUUUUUUUUUUUCUUUCCCCUCCCCCCCUCCUCUCUCUCUCUCUCUUUCCCCUUCCCUUUUUUAAGGACUGAGAUGCACUCGGAUGGUUGAAUUCUUUUGGGUUUUUUUUCUUUGCGGUUGACGGGAGAAGACAUUUAUGAAGCUGUGCUGUUUAUUCCUUGUUUUCUUGUUUGUUUUUAAGCGAGAGGGAAAGCAGCAGCAGCAGGCUUCGUCUCCACGCAAAAACACGCAAAAGAUUUCCAUCCAGUGUUUGAGAAACUUGAAUUUUAUUUGAACUUGAAAAGUGACUUUGCCUUAACUUUUAUACCAGACGAGCGUAGAGUGUAUUUGUCCCUCCCCUAUGGCUAAUAAAGAAGAGAGAAUAUUUACUGACGUAAGGCAGAGUGCAAAUCUAUCAGCGUCUUUUUUUUUUUUUUUUUUUUCCUUUUGCCCUUUUUUGUAUCGUACAAAAAAAGAGAAUAGUUUGCAUUCAGGUUGUUUUGGGCGGGUAAAAGUGAAACCGUGUAAAUGCAAACAGAGUUGAUACUGUAUUAAAUAUUAUGCACUUUGAGGUGUGUGCUUUGCUUGUACAAUUGUAAAUACUCAGAUUGAAACAAAAAAAAACAUAUAAGAGGUACCUAAAAAAAAAUCUAUUAAUGUUGCUAACGAGCUGGAUGUAGGAUUUAAACAACAACAAAAAGACUUGUGCUUUUGAAACUUUUUCUUUUCUAAUUUGAUUUGUGUGUGUGGAGUUUGACGAACUCUUUGUACAUUUUUUGUGUUUUGUUCUAUUUGGUUUCAUUCCAUCAACACAUGGGUGGCUUUUUUGUCUUGUUUACAUGUUGAUGACUCCACUAAAAAAAAAAAAAAAAAGAAACAAAGCAAACACUCAUCAGUGCAAAAGAUCACAACUUCCUCAACGGCUUUUUUUUUUUUGGACUUCUUUCUGGGAAACAAACUUUUUCUCGUGCUUGACUGAUCACUACCAAACUUGUGGAUGUACUUAGCCUAGCUUAGCUUAACAUAAAGACAGAAAGGUAAAAAUGGUGUUAAAUGUGCAUUGACAAACACUGACUAACAAUUUAUUUUGCUGAGCAUUCUCUCACUCUUUAACAGCUUUACAAAUGGCAAACCCUCUUCAAUCUUGAUGCUAAGCUAAGCACAUCUGCAAUACCACACAGGAUCUGUGUUAUUUUUGCUACUGUAAUCAUCAUCUUCCUGUUUUUGUUGUUUUUUUUUUGUGUGUUUGUGCAUCUGAUGUGUACGCUGGUGAGGUUGUGACACGUAAAGCACAUUUGGAGCGCAGGUUAACUGGUGCAUCCUUCUCGUUAGUUGCCUGCUUGUUAGCUCACGGCUACGUUUGGCUCCUGAAAUGUUGAUCCUGCCUCAAUGUUUGUUCAUGUAGGAACAUAUAAGCUGUUAUUUUUGCUCUGGUUUUUACCUUUUCAUGCGAGUCACUCUGGCGCAAGCUUCUUUUAAAAAAAAUAAAAAAUUAAUAAUAAUAAAACUGACCGCAAGAUGCCCUAGUAUGUAAAUAGCCUUCCAUUCGGCUGUCUCUCAUCAUCGCUGGGCUGACCUCUGUCGGACUCUGGACGGGCGCACGUGCGCAAAACGAACAGAGCCCCGCCCCUGCCACAAAGAUGGCCACCAUCACUGCAAUUGGACUGCGCCCCAGCCAUUCAUAUUGCUCGUCCUCACUGUUUGGCUCGUUUUGUGAGUUCCAUUAUCCCCUGAUGGUCACAACUGAGAAAUUGUUUUUCUGUUUUUGUGUAAAACCUGAGGAAUGCACAAGACUCAAGUUGUAUCUACUCACUGUGGUUACACUCAUUAGCCCUAACCUACAGGCUACGCUAACAGCUGUGGACAAUCGUGGACUCUGCGUCAGGGCUCGCCUAAAGACACCUUUAACCAUCUUUUUCUUUGUCUUUUGUGGUUGUUUUUUGUUACAAUUUGACUUUUUGUUUUUUCUUUAGCGUGAGACUGGAAUCAAAACGCGUGGUUGGCUUAGAGAUAAUUUAAGUUACUCUUGUGUCAGGAUGUUCAACUUGUCUCAUUUGGAGGAAAUAAUUGUAGCUUACUGAAAAAUAAACAUUUAGGCACUGUU